GUAGGUGUCGCCGUUCGAGGCGCGUGUAGUGUCAGCUGACAAUUGGCACCCCCCACCACCACGGAGUGGACCGACUGUCAGGCCCCGAGUGAGUGCCACCUGCACCGCGACACACAACCAUCGCAGACCGUGAUUCGUACUCCCUCUGAUCCGUGCUUGGGGUCGACGCUUUCCCGGCGUGGGGGGGUUUGCGCAUGACUGUAGCAGCAUGGCGGCCGAAACCGAGCCGCGACCGCAGGUUCGGAAGCCCUGUUUGCUGAGCAAGAUCGACGCCUUCCAGGACGUGGUGAGCGCGGCGGUGAUCAUCCCCAAGGAGGACGGCGUCAUCAGCGUGUCGGAAGACAGGACAAUUCGGGUUUGGAUGAAGCGGGACAGCGGUCAAUACUGGCCCAGCGUCUACCACGCGAUGCCAUCUUCAUGUUCCUGCAUGACCUUUAACCCGGAGACCAGGCGUCUGCUGGUGGGCAUGGACACCGGAAGCGUUUGCGAGUUCAUCCUGUCUGAGGAUUACAAUAAGAUGACUCCCACACACACCUACCAGGCCCACCAGGGCAGAGUGACGGUGGUGUUGUUCGUUCUGGAGAUGGAGUGGGUGCUGAGCACAGGCCAGGACAAGACCUUCACCUGGCACUGCUCGGAGAGCGGACAGCAGCUGGGAUCGUACCACACCUCGGCCUGGGUGUCUGGACUACAGUUCGACGUUGAGACCCGACACGCCUUUGUCGGCGAUCAGUCAGGUCAGGUGACCAUUCUGAAGCUGGAGCAGGACAGCUGCAGCCUGGUGACCACCUUCAAGGGACACACUGGUAACGUGACCGCACUGUGCUGGGACCCAGCCCAGAGGGUUCUGUUCUCGGGCAGCUCCGACCAUUCCAUCAUCAUGUGGGACAUCGGAGGUCGCAAAGGCACCGCCAUCGAACUGCAAGGCCACAACGACAAGGUGCAGGGCUUGUGUUACGCCUCGCACACUCGCCAGCUCAUCUCGUGUAGCGCCGACGGCGCCAUCGUCAUCUGGAACAUGGACGUGACACGACAAGAGACUCCAGAGUGGCUUGACAGUGACUCGUGUCAAAAGUGUGAGCAGCCUUUCUUCUGGAACUUCAAGCAGAUGUGGGACACCAAGAAGAUUGGCCUACGUCAGCAUCACUGCAGGAAGUGCGGUCAGGCUUUGUGCGGCAAGUGCUCGUCAAAGCGCUCCACUAUCCCGCUCAUGGGGUUCGAGUUCGAGGUGCGCGUGUGCGACGGCUGCCACGCCUCCAUCACGGACGAGGAUCGCGCCCCCACGGCUACUUUCCACGACAGCAAGCAUGCCAUCGUGUACUUGCACUACGAUCCCACCACGGGUUGUCUGCUCACGUCCGGAACCGACAAGGUGGUCAAGCUUUGGGACAUGACGCCCGUGGUAUCAUGACGUCCCCCCCCUAUGGCCAGGAAAAGCUCCGCACGCCAACCGCGGGACGGCAGCCGUCGGUCCCGAGCAGAACAGGAAGGGAAGCGGAGGCCAUUUUGGAUAGUGGCCGUUCACGGGUGGGAACCUGUAAGCUCCACACGAGUGGUGUGUACAGUUUGAUUAUUUAUUCUUCAAAUGUGUGUCAAUGCAAGAACAGCAUCAAACACACAAUCAUGAAUUAUCAUCAGCUGUGAUCUGAUGUCAAUGUUGCUGUGUGGUUGUGGAAAAACUAUGUCAAUGCACUGGAGUACCAUCUAAAGAUGGAAAAUAAAGCGAUGGAUUUUUUUUUUUUUUUUUUAAUCAAGAGUAUUCUUCAAUAGCCUUCGGGGAAUCUAUAACGUGCAGUCCACUAAGCACCUAAAUUUAUUUCCUUCAAAUGUGAAGGGGCACCAAAAUAAAGCCUGAAGCUCCAGGAACUUUCUAUGACGUCUUCUCUGUAGCUGUAAAGCCCGUCAAAAAAGGUUCCUGGACUUCUCAAAAGGUUUAUCUAGCUGUGUUUCUAGUUUUUCCUGGCAGGAAAAAGAGAAUCACACAAAUAGAAGUCUGGAUUAUAACUAACAGGUCAGCUUCAAUCUCGCUUAUACUAAAACUAUUUGGUUGAAGCGGUUGUGCACAAAAAAAAGGGACGAUAUGUACUGAUUGGUGGAAAUGAGGUGCAAUCAUUCCAUCUGCUGAGUCUUACUAUGCGAGUGUAAUACUUGAUUAACAUGAUCAUUAUAGUGCUGGACUUUUUCGGUUGGUGACUCAAACUGUAUUAAAAAAAAAAGUAUGAUGGGCCAUGUGAACAUUCUGUGUUUAAUGAGUUGUGAUUAUGUGUGAGCAAUGCAUUAAAGAAGCACAAAAAG